CUUCAGACCGUCAAGAUGGACGAUCAAGAGGAUGGUCAACUCGACAUAUGUCGAGUUUGCCGCUGUGAAGGGACAUCUGAUAAACCGUUAUAUCACCCUUGUGUUUGUACAGGAAGCAUCAAAUAUGUUCACCAAGACUGCUUGGUCCAGUGGCUCAAGUACAGCCGCAAGGAAUAUUGUGAACUGUGCAAGCACAGAUUCUCAUUCACCCCAAUCUACUCUCCAGAUAUGCCAAACAGAUUACCAAUCAAAGACAUUGUCAGUGGUUUGGUCACGAGCAUGGCACGCGCUGUCCGCUACUGGUUCCACUACACUCUAGUAGCAUUUGCCUGGCUUGGUGUAGUGCCUCUAACAGCCUGUCGCAUAUAUCGAUGUUUGUUCACUGGAUCAGUGAGCUCUCUGCUGACUUUGCCUCUUGAUAUGUUGUCAACGGAGAAUUUAGUGGGUGACUGCUUCCAGGGUUGUCUGGUAGUGACCUGCACUUUGUGUGCAUUUAUCAGCCUGGUGUGGCUCAGGGAACAGAUACUGCAUGGAGGUGGACCAGAGUGGUUGGAGCAGUUAGCCAACCCCAACAAUGCUCAAAGGAAUGUUGUUGGUGGGGGUGGUGGCUUCAACAACUUUAAUCUCAUGGGAGGCUUUGGUGGAGUUGGUGGUGCUGUGGGUGUUGGAAACGCUGCUGCCAAUCACAAUGCCGCACAAGAGCCAGCUGACCAGCUGAUCGGCGGUGGGGCUGCAGGGGCAGGAAAUGAAGGUAGAGGCGAGGCAGUGGAGGCUGAGGAGGUCAUAGGAGACGAAGCCAAUAAUGGGAACAACGCUGCUGCGCAAGACGACAACAAUUGGAAUCCUAUCGAGUGGGAUCGGGCAGCUGAAGAGUUGACGUGGGAAAGGCUCCUUGGGCUUGAUGGCUCGCUCGUAUUCUUGGAGCAUGUGUUCUGGGUUGUUUCCCUCAAUACUCUCUUCAUCUUAGUGUUUGCAUUUUGCCCUUAUCAUAUUGGCCACUUUGCUCUGGUUGGAGGAAAAAUGGAUCAUCUAGUGUUGGCAUCCCACUUUGAAGGCCUCUUGACCACUCUGACUGGAUAUUUGGUUAUUGCUGUCUCCCUGCUGGCUGUUUACUCAGUCUGCUCUCUCACGAGGUUGAAGAAGGGGCAGAGGAUUUUUGGGCUUUGCUAUGUGGUAGUGAAAGUGAAACUUCUUGUCGUCAUGGAAAUUGGUGCAUUCCCUCUAGUGUGUGGCUGGUGGCUUGACAUUUGCUCUCUGUCCAUGUUUGACGCAACUCUGAAGGACCGGGAGUCGAGCUUUUUGUCUUCCCCGGGCACUUCCAUGUUCAUCCACUGGUUGGUUGGCAUGGUAUACGUCUUCUACUUUGCCUCCUUCAUAUUGUUGACCAGGGAGGUGCUACGGCCAGGAGUACUUUGGUUCCUCAGGAAUUUGAAUGACCCAGAAUUCAAUCCUAUCCAAGAGAUGAUUCACCUCUGUGUACUGAGACAUUUCAGACGAUUUAUCGCUUCUGUGGUUAUUUUUGGCAGUGCUGUUCUCCUCAUGCUUUGGUUGCCAAUCAAGGUCAUCCGUCUAGUAUUUCCUGGCUUUCUACCGUACCGUGUGGUCGUCUCCAGUGAGGCCCCAGUGAGUGAGCUGUCGCUGGAGCUGCUGCUCCUGCAGGUUGUCUUGCCCUCCCUGUUGGAAGCUGGCCACACCCGGGCCAUGUUGAAGAAACUUGUGGAGGGCUGGUCAAAAGCCAUGGCUUGGUUGCUGGACCUGAGAUCCUACCUCAUCGGAGACGUUGCUCUGGACGGAGAGGAUGAGGCUAACAUCGUUGACAGUAAUGAACCUCACAUGCCAGCAGAACCCCGACUAGCCAACGGGGGGCAGCCCGUUCCCCCUGCCCAUGACCUUGGGGAUGGUCUGGGAGCAGCACACCAAGCCAUGCUACAAGGUGGAGGACCCACUGGCUUUCAGCCUUACAAGAGGCCUUCAUUUUUUGCUGCCAGGAUCUGUUCCCUUGUUGUCCUCAUGUGCAUCACCUUCUUCUUAGCAAGCACAGUCUCAUUAGUAUUACCAGUGUUCAUGGGCCGGCAGUUGAUGUGGCUGUGGGUGGGGGACACCAAGAUCCACGAGCUGUACACAGCAGGCUGCGGCCUGUACAUCUGCUGGCUUUGUCUGCGAGUGUCGACAGUGGUGGCCGGCUGGUACCUGCAGGGAUGGGCCAUCAUCAAAGCCAAGCUCCGCCUCUGGGGCUUGCUCAUCUUCAAGUCGCUAGUCAUGGCCGUGGUUCUCCUGGUGGUCAUCCCCUUGCUGUUGGGCCUCCUGUUUGACGUGAUCAUCGUGGCCCCCAUGAGGGUGCCCCUGGACCAGUCUCCUAUCUUUUUUCCUUGGCAGGACUGGGCUCUGGGAGUUCUACAUAUGAAGAUCUUGACAGCUGUUAUCAUGAUGGGCCCUCAGUGGUGGUUGAAGCGGGCCAUAGAGAGGGUGUACAAUGAUGGCAUGCGCAACCUAAACAUGCGCUUCAUAAUGAUGCAGAUCUGCCUUCCGGUGUCCACGUGUCUAGGCAUGGCCCUGGCGGUUCCCUAUGUGAUAGCUUACAGCAUUGUGCCCGCUGUUGGUGUGAGUUUUGAGAUGCAGACAAUGGUGGUGCGGCGGAUUUACCCGUUUGUGCUGACCAUGAUUGUGUGCUCAGGAAUGUUCAUCUUCCAAGUGCGGCAGUUCCGCAGACUAUAUAACCAUAUCAAGGAUGACAAGUAUCUGGUGGGCCAGCGUCUUGUCAAUUACAUUCACCACACCACCAGCCGUGAGGAGACCCCACGGGCCGAGAUACCAGCCUCAUGAUGAGUGUUCAUGUGUUGUUUGGGCUUUGUAUGACGCAUGAAUGUGUGUGUGUGUGUGUGUGUGUGUGUGUGUGUGUGUGUGUGAAUUCGCAAAUUGUGUGCAUGUGUGUGUGUGUGCAUGAGAGAGCAUAAGUGGUGUGCAUGCUUCUUGUAUGUAUUUGUGUGUAUGUAUGAGUGUGCUCGAUUGGGUGUAUAUAUAUUAUAUAUAGCUUAUAUAUAAUGUGUGUGUGAGUUCCAGAGCACUCAUGCUUGGGUGUGUGCAUAAGCAUGUGUGAUAUUCUGGUGAAUGUGGAUGAAAUCCUCCCAGUCCUUAAAAAGAAUGACAGUGAAUGAGAAAAAAAA